GGAAUCUAAUGCUGCACCCAUGUGGCUUGUGAACCAUGAGUGCUUGGUGCUGCAUCGUGAUCAUGUUGACCACGAUCAGUACGACCGUGUUGCCGGCGCCGCAGAAAGCUGAGGUCAAGGAACCUUAUGAUCGCCAGUACUGGUACGCACAAGCACAGGAAACGCUACAGAAGCGACUACAAUACGCAACAGACAAAAAUCCUGUGGCAAAGAAUAUCAUCUUGGUAGUUGGAGACGGCAUGAGCCUGACGACAGCGACGGCUGCUAGGAUUCUUCGGGGCCAACGUCAAGGCCAGUCAGGGGAAGACACCGAUCUGGCCUGGGACACAUUUCCAGCUGUGGCGCUAGCUAAGACUUACAACAUAGACGCCCAAACAGGCGAAUCGUCAGCAUGCGCUACUGCUCUGCUCUGUGGAGUCAAAGCCAGGUUCGAAACCUUAGGCUUGGAUGCAGGAGGGCGAUUCAACAACUGUGCCUCUACUAUACACUCCAAGGUCACGUCGCUCAUAGACUGGGCUCAUGAAGCAGGAAAAUCUAGCGGCAUAGUAACAACAUCUAGAAUUACGCAUGCCACGCCUGCUGCUCUAUAUGCGCACGCGCCUUCCCGCUACUGGGAAGAUGACAGUAGGGUGCCUCCCACUGUGAGGAAGGACUGCAAAGAUAUUGCCCUGCAACUUGUUGAAAACGAGCCGGGGAGAAGUAUUAAUGUGAUCAUGGGUGGGGGAAGACGGCAUUUCAUUCCAAACGUCACCCCAGAUCCCGAGCAUCCAAAUAGAGAAGGUAGAAGACUAGACGGUAGGAACCUCGCAGAAGACUGGGCGAGGGAGAAGAAGAGACGGCGGUUACGGGCCCAGUACAUUUACUCAAGGGAGCAACUGGCUAAACUCGAUCCUAGAUCCGUCGAUUAUGUUUUAGGUUUAUUCGAGUACUCCCACAUGGAGUUCAAUGCUGAACGAGGCGCAGUAACGGACGCUGAAGAUGGAACUACUGGGGCCGCUGUAAAAGCCGACGACCCAUCCCUCGCUGAUAUGACACGAGCAGCACUGUCGAUACUCACGAAGAAUGACAAAGGAUUCUUUUUAUUGCUCGAAGGUGGCCGAAUAGACCAUGCCCAUCACUACAAUAACCCGUACAGAGCUUUAGACGAAACUUUGGAACUAGAAACUGCUUUGCUGGCAGCCUUAGAGAGGGUCAACCCUACGGAAACUUUGAUAGUCGUCACCGCAGACCACGGGCAUGUGAUGACCUUCGGAGGUCAAAAGACGCCAAGAGGGCAUCCUGUGUUGGGUGCGGACACAGUGGCGUCAGAUAUAGACGGGUUGCGAUACACCACGUUACUCUAUGGCACGGGACCAGGCCACUCGGAGCCUCGGGCGUUGCCGCUAAACUCCACUGCGUCUGCAGCUGACGCGGUGCAUGCAUCAGCCGUGCCGAGGCAAUGGGCGACGCACGGAGCAGAGGACGUGCCGAUUUACGCCUUAGGACCAAUGGCAACAGUUUUAUUUACGGGCGUCGUGGAACAAAGCUAUAUUCCUCACGCCAUAGCGUACGCCGCCUGCUUUGCACACCAUUCCCGGAGAUGUCAAGAGAAGACCAACUUUACCCAACCACCUGUAAAGCUACCCAAAUGCGUCCCACCCGAAGUGAGCAGUAUUUCAGCGGCAGACGAAACAAGAACCGACGGUAGCAGCGGUCGCCGAAUAGUAGUAGCGUCGAGUGUGAUGUCAGACGAACGAGCCCAACGAUCGUCCGCUCCGCAAACCGCUAAUCUUAUUACCAAAAGCUACCUUAUGUUCUGCCAACUCAACUUUAUUCCAUUUAUAUCAAUCUGGUUCAUGAUAAAUUGA